CUGUUUCCUGACAGGUGUUUACGGUUGUGCAAGUGGUUGCAUAUAGCUCAGGACUAUACCAGUCUAAUACCAGAACUCCCAGAAUGAAGGGCCUUGCUUUUGUGUGCGGCCUGCUGGCUACAUCUGUGUCUGCGCACAUGCAGAUGUCGAAACCCUAUCCGAUCCGGAGCCCGUUGAACAAGGACGCAGAUGGCGAGAAGGACUAUUCAUACACGAACCCGCUGUCUACCAGUGGCUCUGAUUACCCUUGCAAAGGAUACGCUAACGACCCAUUCAACUCUGUCGCCACAUACAGUCCAGGCCAGGAGUACGAGAUAGAACUGCAAGGUAGUGCAACACAUGGUGGCGGUUCCUGUCAGAUCGGUCUCUCCUACGACAAAGGAGAGACCUUCCAUGUGAUUCACUCCAUUCUAGGAGGAUGUCCCAUUGAAAAGAAAUACAAGUUCACAGUUCCCAGCGAUGCGCCAAAUGGGGAGGCUUUGUUAUCCUGGACAUGGUUCAACAAGGUCGGUAACCGCGAGAUGUACAUGAACUGUGCACAGGUCACAAUUGGCGGCAGUGCUGCGAAGCGUGCACAAACAAAUGCUCUCUCCCGUCGUGACAGCUUCGACAGUCUCCCAGAGAUAUUCCAGGCCAACAAUAAUGGGCCAGGCAAAUGCACCACCACUGAGGGUGAGGAAGUGAACUUCCCACUACCUGGCCCCUCCAAAGAGGGAAGCCUCUCCGGCAAGGGCUAUACAUGCAAGAGUUCCGCUCCUUUCCUGGGUGAUUCCAGUUCGCCCAGUGCCAGUGGCACUAGUGGCACCAGCUCUGUUGCCCACGGCCCUAAGAGUUCCGCUCACAAGUUUGGCUCUUCUGCAUCUGCUACACCUUCCAGUAGGGUCCCUUCGGCCUUUGGUACUCCAUCCUCCGCACAUGUUGCUCUUGCCACGCCGACCUCCUCGCAACCACCACGGUUUGAGUCGCACCCUCUCAAGCACCACGAGGUGAGUCAGGAACACUGCACAGACGGUACCAUUAUUUGCAGCGAGGAUGGUCAGACCUGGUCUGUGUGCAGUUAUGGUCGCCCCGUCUUCAUGGGUUCUGUUGCCGCCGGUAUGCGCUGCCGUCACGGCGCCAUGCACCGCUUGAGGUCAACAUGAAUUUGAACAUAUAUUUGCACUUGGCCAGUGCGUAUUCCUUGAUCAAGCUCGCCCGGC